UACAUACUUUUUAUAAUUAAUUAUCUAUAAAUAAAUAUAAUUGCAUAGGCGGCCAAAAGGGUAAUAGUAUGUAAGCUAAACCGUUGCCAACAAUUCACAAACAAGACAUAUUCAAUUGCUGACCCAACAACAAUUGAAACUGAUAAGUCAUUAUUUUGCCACUGGGCAGCUCAUCACUGCGUCACGCGUGUGCGUGAGUCGUGAGUCGUGGGCCGUGACUGCGGGGCGCGGGCUGCCAGACGACAGUCUUUAUACGCGUACUUCUCGGAGAGGUCGCUUUGUGCGCGCGCUUUCAUUUGUGUCAUUUUCUUUGUUUGUUUCGAUGUGGAGUGAUAAGAGCAGCUAGUGGUCAAGAUCUCGCUAAAAUGUUGACGCGGACCGUGGGGACUGCGCUGCCAGGUACACUGCUCGGUAUCGACGACGAAUACAGCUGACGUAGAUCGAGUGUCAAAAGACCCGAGCGAAGUUUAACUCGCGGGCAGUGAAAUUUUAGCCGAAUAUGUCGUGUGAGAGGGGCAACGAGGUGCCUGCGCUCGAAGAAGAGCUGGAAAGCGCGGCGCAACUGCGCGAGCGCUGGCGGAGCGUGUACGUCAUUUACUUUACCAUGUUCCAGAUGUCACUAGGCUUUAGCAUCGUUCUCACUGGCGUCUGGCCCUACUUGGACAAGCUGGAGGGUGGCAGCAGCAGCAAAGAGGCUCUCGGGCUAGCUGUGGGCGCAAGUCCGCUAGGGCAGCUGAUAGCAUCGCCCUUAUUGGGCUUAUGGGCGAAUCGCAGUGGAGGCGCGCGUGCGCCCGUUCUCACGUCGCUUAUCGUGUUUGUGCUGGCUUCGCUGCUUUACGCAAACCUACACAUGGCACGCCCGCACGCUCACCGCGCAAUGCUCGUCGCUCGCACACUCGUGGGAGUCAGCUCAGCUAAUGUGGCAGUAGCUCGGUCGUACUUAUCGGCGGCGACGCGUGAGAGUGAGCGUACGCGUGCGGUGGCCGGCCUAUCGCUGGCGCAGGUGCUUGGCUUCGUGGUGGGGCCGGCGCUGCAGGCUGCCGCGGCGCCGCUCGGGCCCGGCGAGGCCUACGCCGAAUCCGAACUUGCACCGCGCCUAGAUAUGUACACCGCGCCGGGUUGGAUCAACGCACUACUCGGGACGAUCAAUGUUCUCCUUUUCCUCCCCUUCUGCUUCAAAGAACGGAAAAUCGCCGCCAGGGAAGCUAUGAUCGCCCAGGGCAAAGAUACGGAGAAAGAAGCGCUGAAAGCCAUGAAGCCAGACCUGGUGAGCAGCUGGACGUUGGUGGCGGCAUUCUUCGUGCUGGUGUUCAACUUCGUGCUUCUGGAAACUUUGGCUACGUCGCUGACUAUGGACCAGUUUGGAUGGAGCAAACGGCAGGCGCUAGAGUACAUGGGUGCUCUCAUGAGUGCUGGUGCGUUACUGGCUUGCGUCGUGUUCGCGCUCAUCACGCCGCUCACAAGGUUCUUCGAGGAAAGAGCUCUGUUGCUCUGGGGCGGUUUCCUGCUGACGGGUCUAGCGUCGAUGCUGUGCAUUCCGUGGGGUCCCUCCGGGCCGCCGCUCGCUCCGCCCGAAGCCCGAGAGGCGGGCGGCGGUUGCCCGGCGCGGACUCAACCCUGGUGCCUCACUACGAGAGGCCUAACGCUUCCGCAGUUUUUCCUCGGCUAUACCUGCGUCUCCAUCGGUUACCCUCUGGGCGUCACCCUCAUACAGACCAUAUUUUCGAAGGUUCUGGGUCCACGGCCGCAGGGAGUGUGGAUGGGCGUGCUGACGGGCGCGGGUUGCGUAGCGCGCGCCCUAGGGCCCGUGUUCGUGGCGACAGUGUACGCGCGGCGAGGGCCCGACGCCACCUUCGGCGCCACGGCCGCCUUCACCUUCUGCGCGCUCAUUUCGCUGCGCCUCGUGUACGCGCGCCUCUCGCCCCGCGGCGCCGCUGCGCCUCCCGUCGCCCUCGAGUUGCGGCCACUCAACUGCGACAAGGCAACCGCCCCGACCGCCAAUGCAGAACUUUGACUCACUGGAACUGCUUUUUGCCAAGUUCAAGAUUUAGACGUUCCGUGUGUGUACGGCGAGAAAGCGGAAAAACAAAUGAAGGAAAGAGUAAUCACCAUUUCGGAAAAUGUUUGGCCGUUUUAUGAAUCGGUUGGUGAAUGUAAAAUCCGAUAUGAAUUUGAUGUAAAUAUUCGCCAUGAAAUUACAUUUUAUUACUAUUUUAUUUAUUGACUGAUUCAAUUCUGUGACAUUUAUAAAAAAAAUAACCACGAGUGCUUAUAAAGGUGAUAUCAGACGGUU